GGGGGGGGGGGGGGGGGGGGGGGGGGGGGGAGAGAAGAGCAGUAGAAGGAUAAAACGCGGGGGUGAGAAUGUCAGAAAACAAGAAGAAGUGGUGAGUUAGCGACAGAAAUGAGGGAAUUGACAGAAAAAAGAAACAAGGGAAAAACCGACGGACACGAGGGCGUCAAGGAUGCUGCGAUCGAAGCGUCGGUUGGUUGGAGUUUCGGUACGGUUACCGUACCAGAUUUAGAUACCAGAACACUUCUGCAUGCAUGCAUGCAAGCAAUCGGUCUAUCAGACUGUCGCGUGUCGCUCAACUCUCACCGAUCUUUAGAUGAAAAGGAUGUUGUUGCGGUCUGUUUCGAGGAUGAAGCCAGAGUAGUUGCUUGCUCAGGGGCUUGGGACUGUGAGAGCUGUCCAGCCAUGUGAAAAUGUGAAGAUGUGCAGAUGUGCAGAUGUCAAGAUAUGAAAAUGGCUGUCGCAUGUGACACUCGAGGAAGACAUCAUCACUCUCCAACAGCAAAACUAUAUCUAGUACUCGAGAUACGGAUCUG